GCGCGGCCAUCAGCUCCAUGGACAUCGACCGGCCAGGCGAGGGCAAGUGCCAGCCCAUCGAGAUCCCUAUGUGCAAGGACAUCGGCUACAACAUGACCCGCAUGCCCAAUCUCAUGGGCCACGAGAACCAGCGGGAAGCGGCCAUCCAGCUGCACGAGUUCGCCCCGCUGGUGGAGUACGGCUGCCACGGCCACCUCCGCUUCUUUCUGUGCUCCCUCUAUGCUCCCAUGUGCACGGAGCAAGUCUCCACCCCCAUCCCCGCCUGCCGGGUCAUGUGCGAGCAGGCCCGGCUCAAGUGCUCCCCCAUUAUGGAGCAGUUCAACUUCAAGUGGCCUGACUCGUUGGACUGCAGCAAACUCCCCAACAAGAAUGAUCCCAACUACCUGUGCAUGGAGGCCCCCAACAACGGCUCCGAUGAGCCGGCCCGCGGCUCUAGCAUGUUCCCGCCGCUCUUCCGGCCCCAGCGGCCCCCCAGUCCCCCGGAGCAGCAGCAGCCUAAGGACGGCUUGGGCCGCUCGGGCUGCAGCAACCCGGGCAAGUUCCACCACGUGGAGAAGAGCUCCUCCUGCGCGCCCCUCUGCACUCCUGGAGUGGACGUGUACUGGAGCCGAGCGGACAAGCAGUUUGCCGUGGUGUGGUUGGCCAUCUGGGCGGUUCUCUGCUUUUUCUCCAGCGCCUUCACAGUGCUCACCUUCCUAAUCGAUCCUCCCCGCUUCAGGUACCCAGAGCGCCCCAUCAUCUUCCUCUCUAUGUGCUACUGCGUCUACUCCGUGGGCUACCUCAUCCGCCUGUUCGCCGGGGCGGAGGGCAUCGCCUGUGACAGGGACAGCGGCCAGCUCUACGUCAUCCAGGAAGGGUUAGAGAGCACCGGUUGCACCAUCGUCUUCUUGGUCCUCUACUACUUUGGCAUGGCCAGCUCGCUCUGGUGGGUCAUCCUCACUCUUACCUGGUUCCUGGCCGCAGGGAAGAAGUGGGGCCACGAGGCCAUCGAGGCCAACAGCAGCUACUUCCACCUUGCUGCCUGGGCCAUCCCUGCGGUCAAGACCAUCAUGAUCCUGGUGAUGAGGAGGGUGGCUGGGGAUGAGCUGACAGGCGUGUGCUAUGUGGGCAGCAUGGACGUGAAUGCACUCACUGGUUUUGUCCUGGUCCCCUUGGCCUGUUACCUCAUCAUUGGCACCUCCUUCAUCUUGUCGGGCUUCGUGGCCCUCUUCCACAUUCGGAGGGUGAUGAAGACAGGGGGUGAGAACACAGACAAACUGGAGAAGCUCAUGGUCCGCAUCGGGGUCUUCUCCGUGCUAUACACGGUGCCGGCCACCUGCGUGAUCGCCUGCUAUUUCUACGAGCGCCUCAACAUGGAUUAUUGGAAGGUGCUGGCUGCCCAACACAAAUGCAGGGUGAACAACCAGACUAAAGCCCCGGACUGCAUGAUGAGCAUCAUCCCUGCCGUGGAGAUCUUCAUGGUCAAAAUGUUCAUGCUGCUGGUGGUAGGCAUCACCAGCGGGGUGUGGAUUUGGACUUCCAAGACGCUGCAGUCUUGGCAGAACGUGUGCAGCCGGCGCUUGAAGAAGAGGAGCAGGAGGAAACCUACCACAGUGAUCUCGGCCGGUGGAAUCUACAAAAAGGCCCAGCACCCCCCAAAAGGUCACCACGGGAAGUACGAAGCAGCCACACAGCCACCCACCUGCGUGUGAAGGGGGGAGGGAGCUGUCGGGACUUUGGGGACUAAACGGCUAAAGAAAGCUGUUUCCCACUGCAAAAGACUUGUACAGGACUCCAGGAAAAGGGCGGGGGAACUAAACCCUGGUGCUUUUCUCAGAUAUAUUUGGGGUCGAGGGCAGGGAGCUUUUGAAAUUAAAAAAAAGAAAAGAUUAUUGCCCUUAAAUUCAGGAUGUCGCCAUACAUUUCCCGGUUAAAUGUACUUAAUUAAGAGUUUAAUACGAAACAAAUAUUGUCAGUGAAAUGGCCUCUUCUGUUUACCCAUUUGAAGCAGCUUGUUGGGGGAUUAUAUGUGUUAUACAUACAUAUUAUAUAUGUGUAUAUAUGUAUAUUUACAUGUGUGUGAUACAUACACACGUGUGGUAUUUAUACAUAUAUAUCUGACUGAUAUAUAUGUGUAUCUGUAGAUAUAUAAUAUAAAAUACCAAUCCUGGAUGGAAUCAGAGUGGGCUUUCGCUCUGUCUUGGGCAGUGACGAGUAAAGGAAGAGCAGACUUCUGGGGCUAGUAGAGGAAUCUCUCCCUAGGGCUCCCAGCUUCCCAAACUUCUUUCUCUGUAAGCAGAAGUCCCCAUUCCAGAGGCCCACCCUCAGGUCAUGGCCCUGUAGCAACCUAAACCCAGAAAUCCCUUUAACAGACCCAAAAAGGCUAAUCGAUAGGGUCCCAAAACUUUCCACUCAAUCUGAAACUUUCCCCCUGCCCAAAGCAACCCCAAACCAGCCUGCCAACUUCUGGGCAGCAUCCACACGCAAACGAUGUGCAAUACAUUUUUUCUCCCCCCAAGAAAUAAGAAAAAAGAAACAAGUAUUUUGCUGUACAUAAAGAACACAAAAGAAAGCUCCUAACAAAAGAACUGAGAGGUCUAGCCCUCCGAAACCCUUUAGCGUUACAUUUUGUGGCUUUUUAAUGGAAAUCAAGGCAAUGUUAUACAAGUUGGGACUGAUUUGUGGAAAAAAAAAAAGAGAGAGAGAGAGGGAUCAUUCAAAGGUACCCAAAAGGGCUUAUUGACUCUUUCCAUUGUUAAACAAAUUCUGGCCAUGAAUAGAUACGAAGCACUUGUGGUGCAAAGGGAAAUUGUGUAUAUUGUGGUGCUCUUUGCUGUGCAGGAAAAGCCCAGGUUCCUAGCUGUAUAUAUUUGUAACAUAUGAUUAUUUUUCAUGCUCCACUAUUUUAUUAAAAAAAAUAAAAUAUGUUCUUUAGUUUGCUGAUA